AUGGAUCAAGAGUCAUCUCAAUUACGAUCGAGUACUUUGCUCGAAGAAACAUUUUACAUAACGUCCAAGAAGAACACCUAUUACCGAGUAAAGCUUACGGAAAAAGGCUUGAGUUUAGAAAAAGAAAGUAAUGGUGGUACUAAAACGGAGACAAUUGCUCUUGGCGACAUAAUUGGCUGUAGGUGUAUGAGAUCAAAACGCCGAAAUACUGGGAGCUGCGCUUGCCGUCCAACUAUUUCAAAGCCUCAGAUGAGAGAUGUUGAGUUCAACGAGACAUAUUCUGGAUGGGAUCAGCUGGAUACUUCGGCUUAUUUAUAUAUUUAUGCGUACACGCUGAAAAAAGCACGUGUAAAAGGAGCUCCAAGACGCCAGCGUACGACAAUUACCCUGAGAUUUCGCAGCUUUGAUAAAUAUCAGGACAAUCUUCGGGAAGCCAGCAGAUGGAGGCUUGCUAUUAAAUUUCUUUUAAAUCCAAAAUCUGGACCUGGGCGGAGUCGUGAAAUCUUUCAAAGGCGAGUUCAUCCAAUAUUAUCUGAAGCAGAAAAACUAUACGAAGUUCACGUAACUAAAUGUCAAAAUUAUGCGAGAGAUUUUAUAAGAACACGAAAUAUUUAUCAGUGGAGCGGAAUAUUAUGCGUAGGAGGUGACGGAGUUGUUUUUGAAGUUAUAAAUGGUCUUUUAGAAAGACCAGAUUGGAAACGUGCGUUAGAAGAGCUUCCUCUUGGAAUAAUUCCGUGUGGAUCUGGUAACGGUUUAGCGAAAUCAAUUGCAUACGCUAAGCAAGAACCUUACGAUUCAAAUCCAUUUCUUAUUAGUGCAUUAUCAGUGGUUAAAAAUAAGUACAGUCCAAUUGAUUUAGUACGAAUUGAAACAAGAAGCCAGAUUCUUUAUUCAUUUCUAUCAGUAGGCUGGGGCUUGAUCGCGGACAUUGACAUCGAGAGUGAGAGGCUCAGAGCUAUUGGUGGGCAACGUUUUACUAUUUGGAGUAUAGCCAGGCUUAUAGGUCUUCGUGUUUAUAAAGGAACCGUCUCAUAUUUACCUUGUGAUAAUAAGGUCCAAAUACCGAGUAUAAAUGAAAAUAAAACGAAUGGAACUUAUUUAUAUGAGACUAAAUCUUACAAUGAUAAUAAUGGCACUGGGAUUAUUAAAAAUAAUCAUGAUAUUAUAACUCAUUCAAAAAGUUACGGCGACGACCUUGAUCGCAGUUAUUGUGAUGGAGUUAAAGAAUCAAAAAGUUACCAUGAUGUCCUUGACUCAGUAACAAGCGAUUUAGGAGACAUGUAUUUAGACGAUGAUAAUAAUGAAAUAGUUGGUGAAAAUUUAUCGCUUGAAACUGAAGUUCAAACUCGAACUAGAUUGGAUAGUUUUUAUUCAGCUACUUCUAGAAAAUCUACUUACUAUAGAGAAUUUGUAGCUGUUCAUGCAAGUUAUCAAUCACACAUCGGUGAAGAUGGAUUUAUUGCUCCGAGAGCUAAACUUGACGAUGGAAUAAUAUGGCUUUUAAUUAUUAAAGCUGGUAUAACGAGAACUAAUCUCCUCCAGUUUCUCCUCGGUUUAAACGCUGGUACUCAUUUAACUAGUACCGGAGUGGAUAUGAUUCCUGUAAAAGCAUUUCGUAUUGAACCAGAGACAAGUACGACUGGUAAUAUGACUGUUGAUGGAGAAAAAGUUGAUUAUGGCCCGCUACAAGCCGAGGUCUUUUCAUCUAUGGCAACAGUCAUGAGUCCUUGA